UUUAGCAUUCAUUUAUAACUUCUGCAGAGCACUCUGAUUCAAAAGCAGGCUACUGCCUUUAUCAGGGCAUGGGCAGUGGUGACCUAACACCACAAGCAAAAUGCUGCCUCUAGCUUCAUUUUUUUUCCUAACACUACUGCAGUGCUACAAUGCCCAAAGCAAAACAAGCAUUACACCCGCUGACUGUGAGACCAUCGAAACAGAUGCAGGAGUGGCCCUGGAUUUGGUCAACAGACAUCGCAGAGAAGGCUAUGUUUUUGGUCUGUUCCGUGUUGCUGAUGCACACGAACUACGUACAGGAAAUUCAUCAGUUCUUUUCUUAACUUUGGAUGUGCUGGAAACCGAAUGCCCUGUGUUAUCUGGAAGACAUUGGGAGUCUUGUGAAUACGGUGACGUCUAUUCCAUGGACUUCGGGCAGUGUAAGAUUACCAUGUAUACGAGCCAGCUGUUCAAGAAACCUCACCUACACGGAUUUAAUUGUACACUAAGUCCAGUUCCUCCCAAUUUAAUAGAGUGCAAAGAUUGUCUUGUAAAAGGUGAAGUCUUAGAAGUCACCGAGCAACAUAAAGAUAUGGCUGCAAAGGCCCUGAAAAAAUUCAACAGUGAGAGCAACCACACAAACUACUUCAAUGUCAUCAAAGUUGAAAAGGUUUUAAAGACGACUGACUCCAAUGAAGUUCACAUUUUAGGAUUCUCUAUAAAAGAGACCAACUGCUCCAAAGGUGUGCAACAGACAGAGGAGCCACUGGAAUGUGACUUUGUGGAUAACUGGCAUGCUCACAAGGGAUUCUGCAAGGCACGAAUCGUCAGUGAUUCAGAAGCUCCCGACGGAACAGAUAUAAGCUGUGAACUCUACCAUCCCUGGCACCAUCACCACGGACAAAGAUGCAGACAUUCACGUCCGGGUUGGCCACACAGACAUCCCCACCAUCAUUCUGGUCACAGACAUCGCCACAGGGACAGACGCCCACCACCUUUUCAAUCCAAACCUGAAGACACUGAGCAGAGCCACGGUUUCAACGAAGAACAGGAAGACAGCCAUGAAGAAUCUCCUCCCUACCACGGUAGACGACAUAACCGCCCUCGCCCACCACACCAUGGUCCUCCACCUCCUCCUCAAGAGGACCUAGGUCAUCCCCCUCCUCCCUACGAUGAACAACAUAGUCCUGCUCCUCCCCAAGAUGAAAUAGAUCAGUCCCCUUCUCCUCUUCCUCCCAAUGAUGAACAACAUAGUCCUCCUCUUCCUCCCCAUCAUGGACCCCACUGUCCUCCUCCCCCUCCUCAUGGACCACAUCACCCACAUCCUCCUCACCAUCAUGGACCCCACUGUCCCCCUCCUCCUCAUGGACCACAUCACCCACAUCCUCCUCACCAUCACGGACCACACUGUCCUCCUCCUCCUCCUCCCCCUCCUCAUGGGCCAGAUCACCCACAUCCUCCUCACCAUCAUGGACCACACUGUCCUCCUCCUCCAGGACACCAUCCUCAUCCUCAUCAUCACUACCACAGACAUCACUGCAACAAGACAGGCCCGUCAGGAAAGUACUUCCCAUUCCAGAUAACAGGAGCUAUCUAUCGCAUUCCAGUUCUAAACGCGCAGGAUUCUCUCACAGCUCCCAGUCCAAAAUUUCCUGAGCUAUCCCACCUGAGCCCUCAAUCCCCCAGCACCGAUGAAGGUACUUCCUUCACUGACUCAAGUCAAAAGGAGAUGCCAAAAACUCUAGAUUUUCCAGAUCACCAUUCACAAUUGGAGUCAUGCCCAGGAAAACCCAAACUCGAUCUUCCCCAACUUUUGCCUUUGUUUCCACAUAGCUCCAUAGCACAAACUUCUUCUCCGUGACCCCAGAGAAAGUUCCUGACUUGAGGACUGUAGGGCCAAUGACAGGUGUACAACAAAUUAAAAUAGCAUGUGGUGAAGGGGGAAAAGAAUACACCUUGCAAGGAGGAGACACACUGAAAAUAAUGAUCAUUGCAACCUGCUUCUUGAUCCCAGGUAUCUCAGACUCCCCUGUAACUGAAAGGUUCAAUAGAAUGUGCUUGGGUUCCAACCUCACCUGCAAACGGUGCUCCUUUAGUUCUAACAAAGAAAAUUCCCUAACACUGAAAACUACCAAUCUGCAUUUCCUCUUAGUUCCUAAUUAUAAUGUACUUCUCUGAGGACAUCUGACCACCUACCAUUAAAAAUAAAAAAGAUCCAUGGUACUACAUUCAUUCACGCUUUCUAAGGAUCUAAAGAAAAUAAAAUCAUGUAAGCAUUUUUUUUCUUG